AUGGCCAUCUGCAUCACUUUCGGAACGCAUGAAUUCACGUCCAUGCUGGAGGGGUACGAAAAUGUUAGAGCUUAUUGCUAUAAUUGCAACCAUUGGAAUGGACGGUGUGUGACACGAUGGCCAUUCUUCACGAUCUGCUUCAUUCCCGUGAUCCCAUUAGCAAUGCACAAGUACAAGGAAGUUACAUGCUACACAUGCCGAUUUACCCAGGACUUGCGUGAUCGCCCCGAUAUUAACCCAGACACUCGGCCGCCCCCAAAUGCAGGCUACGGACCACAACCUCCGCCGCAGGCAUACUUUGGGGGGUAUCAGCAGCAGCAAACCCCGCAGCAGCAAAUGCAGUAUCCUCCCGUAGCGUCGGGGGCUACAUCACCGCCACCACAGCCGUAUGCGUAUAAGUGAUGCGCUCAUGGCAAAUGCCUCUGAGGCAGUGUUCGUCAGGUCCUCGAAAGACUGGAGUUUACUCUCAGAUUGAUGACGAUACCUAAGUUACUGUUCUAUGGUCUGUUGGGGUUGAUCUCUGGAGGGAACAUUGCUCUUGUCUUUCC